AUGUCCAAGAUCAGGCGGAAGGUUACAGUGGAGAAUUCAAAAACCAUAUCCGAUAGCAGCAGCAACCCCGCAUCCAGCAGCACCAGCAAUCCUGCAGCCCCAUCGCGCCGACCAAGCGUGUUUGAAAGACUCGGCCCGAGCACUGGGAGUAAUGCUGCUGAUAGUCACUGUAGAAAUUGGCUGAAGACUGGAAACUGCAGUUACGGCAACACUUGUCGCUACACACAUGGAACUCAACCACGAGGCAAAGGAUUUAAUUUCAGCCGGUCAGCAGAGAGACCCACUGGCGAUUUGCGGGAGAGGAUGAAGAAUAAAAGACAGGAUAAUGACACAGACAAUGUAAAGCGUGACUUGGAUGAGCCAGCAUCUCCCACAGGAAGACAGAGAGACUCCUCCAGAGGUCGACAUAGAGAAAAAGAGGAUAUCAAAAUUACUAAGGAGCGCACCCCUGCCAGCGAAGAAGAGCCCAUAGAGUGGGAAACAACACGUAAGGAGUCCGAUAUUGGUGAUUACGACUACGAGUUGUCCCUCGAGAUGAAGCGGCAGAAGAUUCAGCGUGAGCUUUUGAAACUGGAGCAAGAGAAUUUAGAGAAAAGAGAGGAAAUUGUUAUCAAGAAAGAAGGGACUCCCACCAAGACAAAAUCCACCGCCAUGCAAAAAGCCUCUCCCGAGAAGCUACGAACACGAGACUCCCCUCCAACCAGAAAGUCUACUGGUUCGCCGAAGCAAAAAAGUGGGGUUAAAGGUUCGGGUAAGAAAGAGAAGAAGGCAUCCGGAUCUUCACCUGUCACAGAAACUGCCAAGGUGUCAAAAGGAUCUCACAGUAAGAAGAAAGGUCCUCGUACCCCUAGUCCUCCACCUCCGGUGCCACUGGACCUUCCUGUGGUUGUAAAGAAACACAAAGGCAAGCACAAGAACAAAGAGAAGUGUGAAGAGAAACAGAAAGAAGGGAAAGAUCGGGGACAUGAUGCAGAAAAACACAAAGAGAAGAAAGAGAAACGCAGGGACCGUUCUGACAGUUCUCAUAAGCUCAAGCGCUCCGUGACUUCUGAGGAACGUUCUGGUAGCGUGUCACCUUCACCGUCAACAAGGAAGAAGUCCACCUCUCCCAAAGCUUCUUCACAUAAGGCCGCUCUACUGCCGACUCCCCCUCGCAGAUCUCCAUCCCCUCCACGCCAUCAGCGCACGCCAACGCCACCCCAACGGCGCUCUCCGUCCUCUCUCUCUGACUCCUCACCCCAGCGGCAUUCGCCCUCACCUCGGAGGCGUCGGCGCUCUUCUUCCCCCACCUACCACAGCAGCUCUGCGGUUGCGGUCUCUUCCCCGCCAAGGUCCCAGCGCUCACGUUCUCCUGCGACCUCUCAAGAUGCGUCCUCCCCCCACCGUCGAUCUGACAGAUCAAGCCCCACGUUGCACCACUCGAGAGGUCGCGACAGAAGCCAUGGUGACAGAGAGAGAAGUCCCCACACUCAGGAGCGCAGACAUGAGCGCAGAGAUGAUAGCCGCAGGAAGGGCGAUAAGGAUAAUAACCGCGAUGACUGGGAGUUUGACUCGGAGCAGGUUUUGUCAAGAGACAGCCGCGACGACAGAGAAGCUAGGGAAGUCCGAGAUCGACGGGAUGGCCGAGAGCGAGGGCGCGAAGCGACCAGAGAGCUACGUGACCGCAGAGAUGUGAAGGACACUAGAGAAAGCAGAACCGAAACACGCUCUAAUCGAGAGUCACUGGAACGACGUGAUCGUGAGCGAGAGAAAGAGAGGGAAAGGGAGCGAGAGCGGGAAAAAGAGAAGGAAAGGGAUAGGAUCAACACCCUCAGGAAGGAAGAAGUCCAUGACGACCGGAGUUAUGGAAGAACUCAUGGCCGUGAAGAUGGAGGAAGAGAUGGACGGACAGAAAACAGAACAGAUCGCAACAGUCGUGGAAGAGGACGCUCAAACAGAAACUCCAGAGGGUGCCAGCUGGAAAGCAGUCAUGACAACUGGGAGUCUCGUAGCAGUGGUGCACGUGAGCGGAGCACAGAACGCAAUGCCGUAGAAAGAAUUUCAGACAGAGACAGAAGAGGAGAGCAGAUGCGAGACUCCUCUUACGACAGGCGAGGCGGCCACGGCGAAAGAGAUCGCAGAGAUAAUCGCGAUAGAGAUCAAAGGGCAGCUUCCCCAAACAGGCAUCAGAGAAGAUCGGAGGAAUCCGAGAGGGAUGAGCGUAGGACAGACAGAGGAGAUGAUAGACGGGAUGACCGGACAAGAGAACGGGAGAGAGACAGGGAACGAGAACGGGAACGAGAGAAAGACAGGGAGCGGGAGAGGGAAAAGGAGCGAGAAAAAGAGAGGGAGGCAGAGAGGGAACGCACCAGAGAGCGAGAGCGGGAACGAGAGAGGGAAAGAGAGCGGGAACGAGAAAGGGAGAGAGAAGAACGGGAGCGGGAGAGAGAGCGGAAGGAGCGAGAACGGGAGCGGGAACAGCGCGAGCGAGAGAGGCAGCGAGAGUGGGAGGAGCGGGAAAGGCGGGAGAGGCGGGAGGAUGCCAGAGACGACCGUGCGAUUCGGGAGACGAGAGACGACCGCAAAACAAGCCGCAAGCGACCCAGGUUGGAUACCAGCCCGAGCCCCCGACCUUCGCCCAAGCGUGGGACUCGUGACCGCAGUCCUCCAGACAGCGAUGGCUACAACAGUGCAGAUGAGAAAAGUGCAGAUAAGCAUCGUGUGCUCAGCCAGGUGGUGCGCCCCUUAGAGCCCCUCUUGCGUUCACCAUCAAGGACUGCAUUAUGUGAUGACAAGCCCAGCCACUGGAAGGAUGAGGAGCGCAGAGGAGCUCUGAAUAAAAGGGAAGCACGCAGCCGCCAUGAGGACUCUGAGCCCCGAGGUGAUCGUGGCAGGGGAGCUGACCGCCAAGCUGAUCAGCUGUCAGAUAUGCAACCGGACUCUCGAAGCCGAGGCAGAGACCUGCGAGAGUCCACACCCCCUCCUGUUUCUCUUCCUCCUGGUGCUGAUAGCGUAGACAGAGAUGUCGCUGUGUCACAACCCCAAGAAGACGGCAAAAAGAAGACUAAAUCACUGAGGAAGGGCUUGAAGAAAGGCCGUAAAGAUGAAGAAGCGUGUGGUGGGAAAGGUCUUACAGGAGCCCGCUUAAACCCUGAUCCCCCAGCUGCUGUUGUGGCAGAUGGUCCUCCAUCGUUACUUUCACCAAAGAAGGGAGCAAAGAGGAAAAUGCCUGAGAGAAAGAGGAAACGUGAAAGAGAUUCUGAGGCGUCCGAGGAGGAUUCUUCAGCGCAUCAGCCCCAUAAUAAGAGGAAAAGAGGUCCUCGGACGCCACCUCCCUCUUUGAGAUCAGGUCAUCGUGUCAUUACUGAGUCUUCCCAACCGCCCAAGAUGGACAAUUUCAGCGACUGGUCCGAUGAGGAGGUCUCAGAUCGAGUAGGACCACCUGAUUCUGCUUCUGCUGAACGAGUACCACCUGAGCCUCUACGAAGAGGUGGCGGACCCAGGUUGGGGCGUGACAGAGACCGGUGCAACCCCCCUCCCAUCGCUCCUUUGCUUCUGCAGGAUCCUCCAAUGCUGCUCCAGACAUUGACUCCACAGCCCCUGAUGUCACAACCCCUUAUUCGCAAGCCUCCGUCAGAGCAGACACGCAGCAGCAGCAUGGGCAGUAACCAGAGCCGCACAUCAUCCAGACGCCCACGGUCGCCCUCCAAUGAGUCGGCCCACCGAGAUGACCUCCAGGGAUCACAUAACCGAAGGGGACGACUUCAGGGCCCAGGCAUGCAUGAUCGGGAAAGGGAGAGAGAAAGAGAAAGGCUGGGAGUGAGUGACCCACCAGGAACUGAGAGAAAAUCAAGAAUUGACCAGUUGAGAAGAGGCGAACCAAGUCGCAGCACGUCUUCGGACCGACAGGACUCCCGAAGCCACAGCUCCAGGCGUAGCUCUCCUGAUUCUGAGAGGCAAGCCAGGUCCCAAUCCCGCGCUGGGUCCUACGAUAGUCGAGAACGAGAGCGUGACAGGGAGCAAUUUGAUCGCGAACGGGACCGAAAAGAUCUUCGACAACAGCAGCCGAGCCUGCUUCUCCAACAGCCUCUUCAACAACCGAGAGACUGGGAUCCCGAAUCCAGAGACUGGUCCGGUAGGGGACGAGAGCCUCCACCCGUGCGUCCUGGCCGCGAACCUCUUCUGAGGGAGAGGGACAUCCGGGAACGCGAACGCUUGCUGCCUGAGGGACUCAUCCAGCAACAUGAGCGAGAGAGGGAGCGUGAGAGAGAACGGGACAGAGACAACAGGGGUGAAAGAAGCAGCGAUAGAGACAGAGAGAGAUUGAUGUUGCUGGACUUGCCCCCUCAUGCUGACUCCAGAGCUGCUGGGCGAGGUGAAAUAAUGAGACAAGACAGAGGUGACUAUGAGCCCCUCCUGCCAAGAGAAGCCUUUAGCCCACCAGAAGCUGAGAAACCAAGCAACAGCCACCAUGUUGCCGGUGAGCAGUUAGAGAUGGAGCGGAUGGACAGCAUUGACGUAGAGGACGAUGGAAAAGAAGAUGACAGCCAGUCAGUGGCAUCUGUAGGAGAGGACUACGAACCAAUCAGUGAUGAUGAGCUUGAUGAAAUUUUGGCUGACAGUCAGAAAAAGGAGGAUCAGCAGGAUGAAGAGAAAAUGACAGGUCCUCUGGAUGUUAUUGAUGUGGACUGGUCCAGUCUGAUGCCUAAACAGAAGCCUGAGCCCCGAGCGGCUGGGGCAGCUUUGCUUCGCUUUACCCCGGGGGCCUUUCUUCUCCGGGCGGGCGUCUCUAAGCGACUUGCUGGGGCUGUGCUCCUUGAAAAGGUCAAAGAAGUGUGCAAGGCAGAGCUGGACAACCCCAAAGAUGCUGACAAACUGUUUGAGCAUGACCUUGGGGCCCUAAACAUGGCUGCCCUGAACAGACGGGUGGAGAGAGCAGCUUUACUCAGCAACCUUGGGCCCUGCUGCAAGGCUCUGUGUGCGCGCAGGGACUUUGGAAUUCGUAGGCAACUCUUGAAAAAUGAUAAGGGCCUUACCAAACAGUAUCCUAUGAAUCCUGUGGUCGACAGCGAGCUACUGCAAAUGAGCAUGCGUCUCUUUCGGAGAACUGUGUCUGGUCAGACGUCUGUCCCAGAAAGAUCCGACAGUGGGUCGGACGCAGUUGUUGAAGAUACCCCGGCAGGCAGCGACAGCAUGCUCGCUGCGGGACAGCCAGAGGAAGAGAUGGGAAUGCUGGAAGACCUCGACAUUUGCAAAGGGGGACGUUGUCUUUACGUUCUCAGGAUCUUCAAGAAGGCCAACCUGAGGAGGGAACUGCUGACAAUUUUUGACUCAUGUUUGAUCGUGUGCCAACAUUGA